AUGUCAGAAACAGGAGUCCUUCUGCAGAGAUUCCUCCAGGGACAUCCCACAGUAUUUGGGGCACUCCUGUUGAUGAUUGGGCUCUUCCAAUCAGCCUUUGGAGUCAUCUUAUUCCUGUCCCCUUGUGCUUAUAGGGAUGAGCUGGGCACGCAUUUCAGUUCAGCUGCAGUGCUGAUUCUGGCAGGCAUACUCACCCUUGCUGCAGACAAAGCCAAAAGCCUGAACUUGGUGAAAGCUUGCCUUGUCAUCUACAUUAUCUGCAUAGUGGUAGUGGCUGUGGUCAACAUUUUCUAUUUGAUCGAUUUAUUCUACAAUCCCCGUGUCCAGUACAUUCGAUGCGAUCCUCGGGAUGAUUUUUGUCAACUGCGGCAUCAGAUUGCAGCCUGUUGCAUAGCCAUGCGUGGCAUUGUCCUAGUUUUAACUUCCUUGGGAUUCUUUGUUUGCAUUUCCAUGGCAGCCUUUGGAUGCAAAGCAGUGUGUCGCCAAAACACAGCCUCGGAUUAGAAGGCCAUUGUUGUUUCAAAGCAUUUUCCUAGUUCUACUAAGGUCAGCCGAAUAUCUGAAGGGAUUUACUGUCAAAACUUCAAGGUCCACAGCAGGGUUUCCCAAACUGUGAGGUGAGCCUCUCUUGGAGAGAUGCAGAUGGAGUUCCAGGGAAGGUGCGAAGAACCUUUAAGUUGAACAUUGUU